CGAGUUGCCCACGUCUAUCGCGGCAGGGGCAGACGGGAUCGGACGAAGGUUUUGAUAGCUCAGCAAAAUGCCAUCUUAUCCCCUGGACCAGUUUGCUGAGCUGGAAGAAAUGAUGUGCAAGCAUUUACUGAAUCUCAAUCUGAGGGAGCCGAACAGAACAGUGCCAUCCCUAAGUCUGGCCAUGAGAACACCAGGUUACAUCAGCGAGCCAUGUCGAAACACUUCAUUUUCCCUCUCCUCCCUGUCUUGCCUGCCCACUAAUGCUUCGGACAGUGCACUUCUGACCUCCAGCCAACGGGGACAGCAAUCAGAGAGUGAUCUACUUUCCCAGCUUGGUAAUUCCAUGCAGUGGGAGAAGCCAGGCUUCUUUUCCCAGCGCUCUCUCAGCAUGGUAGAGACCAGUGGUGCAACAAGAGCAAGUCUAGUCUGGCCUGUGACAGGCGCAAAAUCCUCCCAAAGUGACAUCAGCUCCGCCACACUGAACACCAGUUCCUCCUCGUCCACCUCGUCUGUGUCUGCCUCCUCUUCGUCGUCGUCGCGCUAUAAAACCGAACUGUGUCGGUCUUUCACCGAGAACGGCUUGUGCAAGUAUGGGGGCAAGUGCCAGUUUGCCCAUGGGCCAGAAGAGCUACGUGAUCUAAACAGACAUCCAAAAUAUAAAACUGAGCUGUGCCGUACGUUUCAUACCAUCGGCUUCUGCCCCUAUGGGAUCCGCUGUCACUUUGUUCACAACAGCGAGGAAGAAAAGAAGCUCUCGUUCUCUCGUUCUUCCUCCUCAAGCCUUCCUCAGCAGCUGCCCUCCACCUCGUCCUCCUCCCGCUCACAUCGGCCACGUCUUAUCCGGCAGAGUUUCAGCUUCUCUGGGUUUCCCUCAGCUCCCCACCAGGCCUUUCAGUCUGCCCUCACUCCUCAUGUUUCUCUUGCCACCACCUCAUUCACAUGCCCACCAACGGCCUCUUCUCCUUCCUGCGCAGACAUUACUGAUCUUCUCUCCCAUGCCUUUCUAGAAAUGGACUCUGCCUUUGAGGCCUCCCCCGCUCAGCAGCACCAUCCUCCCGUGGGUCCCGAUCCCAGGUCUCCAUUCAUGCCCUCCCCUGACUCCGGCUAUUCUCCGAGUGGGUUAUCUCCAACGAGCUCCCCUUCCUUGCAGCAGAGUCCCAGUGCUGCGGGUGUCCUUUCAGGGCCACUUGGUGCCAGAUCCCUGUCCCACACUUCUCUCUCAGACCAGGACCAGGAUGGAAUCAGCUCUGCUGGCUCACUCAGCGGCUCCGAAUCAUCUGGUGGCAUUAACGAAGCUAACGGCAAACGUCUGUUAGUUUUCAGUCAGCUCUCUCUUCCUGAGGAUGCCACUGGGUUCUGCCUUUAAGCUGCAGAUUGCUGGAACAUGUGUACAUGAGUAUCCAUACGCAGAAUAUCCACUGCACACGUAGCCAUACUUAAGAACACAGACCCUUAAAUGCACACUCCCCGCUCACACACUGACUGACAACUAAGACAUUUUUAGCAUUCUGUGUGAAAAAACGACUGGGUGACCUAACACGCUGUCACACUGCACGCCACUGUCAUUUGCACAAGGCACAGUGAUGCUAAAACUCCAGUUUGUAUGUGGCGGAUUCACCAAAACAGUAUAUCUCAAAGCAGAUGUUUUAAUGGUGUCCUUAAAAACCUUUUGAAGCUUUAUCAAAAUGAUAUGCUAGGAUGGCAAAGUCCAACAAAGAAUUUUGUAAUCACAGUGUGAAUUUAAUUUCCUCCUGUCAGCAUACUGCGACUGAUCUAAAGAAUGUGAGAAAGCCAAAGACAUCUGUUUGUUGCUCGUUCGUUUCAGUAAGACAAACACGAUGUGACCGUAUGUUUAGGAGUUCUUCCAUCUAAUGUACACUGUAUUGUUUAUGUAAUGUUUAUAAGCUCGUGAAGUAGUGUUUUUGUUUUUCGCCCUUCCCCCUUGUGGUUGUACCAUCUGGGGGCUGUGUUUAGAUCGCUGGCCUCGAAUCUGAAUGUUACGUUUUUAAACGAUGUAUACCUGUAGUGUUAUUUACCAGGUCUUGUUACGUUGUUGAACCAAGAUUUGCUGCUGUGUUUGGAGAGAUGCGAGCAUGGGGUGAGAGUCUUCUUUUAAAUCAGGAGAGUAAGCUAGUGUGAGCGGAGGCGUCGCGUUUCUACGGCUACUGCAGAUGGUUUUUGGGUUCUCGUGCAUUAUUGACAAACCUCAAGCAGUCAAAUGUCAAUUUGCCAAAUUUAAACCACUCUGCAGCAGAGUGAAAAGUGACUCAGUCAGGAGGGCUUGGGCGCAUAUGGGUUCAUAUUGCACGGUUGGGAAAGCACAAGGUACCAGGCGCUGAAUAUCCACGCCGGGAGCUAGCCGAUUAGUUUGAUAUGAAAUGAUGAGGUCAGAGCUUGAAGCCAGGUGACUAUUUUCUGAGAAGUUGUCGUUUGUGGUGCUGAAGUGUUCGGUUGUUUUUUUUUUUGUUUUUUUUAUCUUAAACACAAACAUUCCCAGUAAGUUUUUGUAAAGUGAGACUCUCACUCCAUGUCACUCCAUCUCUCUGUUAUUCAGUAUUAAUCUUUUUUUUUUUUUUUCUCUUUUCUGUUCAUGCGUUUGUUAAGACUGAAAAGUAUCCUGGUCACAUGCACGCGUACUAUGCUCCCAGGUCUUUUGUUUGCCUUACCAAGCUAGAUUCAGCAUACUGUAGGGUUAGGGGUAUGUAUGCUUAGUGUUUUAGAAAAUGUUACUUGGCUGUUUAUUGUAUUGUUUUGUUUUGUUUUGUUUUUCCUGUGUUAAUGAUGUAGUUGGUCUAUUUAAAAACAAAAAAACCUUUUUCAUCAGCGUGUUUAAGGCCUGUUUAGUGGUAAAGAUGAUCUUUAGUAAAUUAAUUUCUUUAAUUUAUUUUUAACAUAUUUAUAGAGGACUUUUGAGUUGUUAAUGCUUGCAUCAAGUUUAAUAUAUUUUGCUUUUUUGUACUGGAAAUAAAGGAGUUUGUUUUGUUUUUUUAAACUGUCUUUGUUUGGCUUCUGUUCGCCACCUGCAGGUAAAAAGUGAAGAUUUUGACAUUUGAUGUGCAAACUGCUCUUAUUGAAUAAUGCAGAUGUUUAAAAGGAGAAAAGUGUUUUAUGCUACGCUGGCGUUAAUGUAGCGUUGGCAAAAAGGCU